UCUUUAGUGUGGGCAUCUGGCUGUGACAGCCGGGUGCUCACUGCGCAUGCGCACCUGUCAUGUCCACAGUGUCUGGUCAUCUCCUGUACUGUCUGCAGUCUCUUGGUCAUCCCCUGUACUGUCUGCAGUCUCUCUGGUCAUCCCCUGUACUGUCUGUAGUCACUGGUCAUCCCCUGUACUGUCUGCAGUCUCUGGUCAUCCCCUGUACUGUCUGUAGUCACUGGUCAUCCCCUGUACUGUCUGCAGUCUGUGGUCAUCUCCUGUACUAUGUCCGUAGUCUCUGGUCAUCCCCUGUACUAUGUCCGCAGUUUCUGGUCAUCUCCUGUACUGUGUCCGCAGUCUCUGGUCAUCUCCUGUACUGUGUCCGCAGUCUCUGGUCAUCCCCUGUACUGUGUCCGCAGUUUCUGGUCAUCCCUUGCACUGUGUCCACAGUCUCUGGUCAUCCGUACUGUGUCUGCAGUCUCUGGUCAUUCCCUGUACUGUCUGCUGUCUCUGGUCAUCUCCUGUACUGUGUCCACAGUCUCUGGUCAUCUGUACUGUGUCCACAGUUUCUAGUAAUCUCCUGUACUGUGUACGUAGUCUCUGGUCAUCCCCUG